AAAUCAGUAUCUACUAUGAGUACGACGUCGGAAAGAUUCUCGAUAUCUUCCAACUUUUCCUUCUUGACUGAUUCACCUCUACCACAAUCAGUCCACUCUCCACUUACGGUCCCCGAUAUCCGUCAAGGGCCUUCUCCACCUGCGCGACUCCUGAAGAAUGUCUCUCCCAGCUCCGCAGAAGACCUCCUCCCGGAUUUCGAAGUCGGUCUGUGUAUGAUUGAGAUCUACUUUGCUCGAUUCUUUGCCGCUUCACUUAUCUUCGACCGCCACAAGCUCUUGGUGGACUACCGUGCUGGACGCGUUCCCUCGAAAGUUAUCAUGAGCAUCUUUGCUGUGGUCUCUCUACUACUUCGACCGAAGCCCGGUGGGAAAAAACGCGGGUAUGCUUCAAUAUCAUUACCCGAUGGACAAGGGAAGGCAUGGGCAGAAGCGGCGAGUCGACUGACGUUGGCCGACGCUGAUAAACCAUCUCUUGAUAACAUCAGAGCAUGCGAAUUACUAGGGUUUUAUUGGUGGGCAGUAGGCGAAGUGGAAAGAGUCGUCUUCUAUUUGAGUGUUUCUCGACAAUCGCUCAGAAUCAUCAAGAAGAAGCUGUACUCCCGCUUCAGGACAGGGCCCUACGACAUGCGAGAAAUGAGAAGGCUCUAUAAACUCCGCCAGGCUUGCUGGAUCAAGGCAAGCUUGAUUGAUAGCGAUGAAAGCUACCCAGAAGCCUCGGUGAGGUUAUUCUCACGCCAAUUCGGCGAGUCAGAAACGUGGGAGCAGGAAUUGAACAACGCAGACCAGGGCUCAGAGCCAGACAUAGACCCGAAUGAUUGGUUAACUUGGGACGACGUUCGGCUCAGGAAUUGCGGAACUUGCUGUGUCCGCCUUUUUCUUCUAUGGAGACAAAUCAGGAACCUAGUGCGACAGACAUGGAACAGUCGGUCUGCAGGAUACAUGACGACUGUGUUCGAGUACGACUCCAAGUUGGAACAAUUCUACCGAACCAUUCCGCCAGAACUACGGAGCAAGGAUGUCAUGAAUCCUCAGUACCCCGAACGAAGACGGCGAAAUGCCUUUUUCCUAAAUUCAAUAUACUAUCUUUGUGUCAUAUACCUCCAUGCUUCCGCCGUGCCGGGUUUUUCUGGCAAAGGAGCUGGCCUCGACAUCUCCGCAAACUUGGCCGAGUUCUGUGCCCGGACCGCUCUCCUUAAUGCAAACCUCUUUGCAGAAAUGGCGCGGGCUUACCUAGCGACAAGGCCCGACUUUUCCAAGGUACCUUCGUUUUUGGGCUACUGCGCUUUCAUUGCUGGGUCGGUCCAUGCGGUUAUGCUACGUUUGAGGAAUGGGCCAGCCGACUGGUCAUGGAGACACAGUAUAAUGUGUCUUUUGAUUUUGCAAGAGUUGAAGUUUUAUUUCCCCAUCAUGACAGUCUUUUGGCGAGAUCUCAAGGCGCAAAUUGAAGCCAACUCGGGCGAGCGUUUAUCUAUGGCAGACAUCACGAUCCGUAACAUUAUCUUCUCAUCGACUUCCACCGAAGAUGAAACGCGCACGAUGCCGCCGGUCAGCAACUCACUUUUCGAACCCGCAAACGUGCAGGACCCGUUUAUUUUACGUUGUUAUCUCCCAACUCCCCAAGCACCUGACGACGCGGCUUCCGAAUCCGAUGAUGAGCAUGACACCGUGGAAGUUAGUGACGAUGUGGCGGACAAGGAUAUGACUACUGGUUCUGGGUCAAUCUCGCUCGAAGGUCCAAAUGCUGGUGGUACUUCUACUAGUGUUUUCGGACGUGUCCCUGGUAUGCCUUUUAACAUGGACAGUACUAGUACGAUCGAACAGACACCGCAACCUUUUCAAAUGAGAACGGCUUUUGGAGCAGCGGCAUCCACGACAUUGCCCUUUGAGCAAUCGACAAGUCUUUCAGAUGGUACUGGUGGUGAUGGUGGUACCACUGAUCUUUUUGGUUAUGACUUUCAAGACGCAAAUGUAGCUACUAGUUUCUUGACGUCUGCUGAUCUGUUUGGACUUCCUAGCAUUGCACCGUCCCAACGAGAUCCGUUGGACGCUUUGCUAGAGUGGGAGAUUUGAGCUGUGUUUGAAG